GUUGACAGUCUUCAGGUUUCGAUGUAAAUGAAAGUCUGGUCACUUAGCUUCCCCCAUUUUUAUAUUCGAUAAAAAGAAGAACUUUGAGUUUAAGUUUGAUUAAAUUAUCACGUUUGCCAUGGAGAGCAGGAUUUCUACCUUGGUCCUGCUUUGUGUGGUGUGGUCAGCUGUUGCAGCCCUCCAGGUUAACAUCCCAAAUGAUCAAUAUGAGUUUGCCAGAGGAGACGACAUCACACUGCCCUGCACGUUUACAAGUGGACUAAGCAGUCCGAAAAUUAUCGUUAUCUCAUGGUCUGCCACGGGUCCAAACACCAGUGAAGAGGAUGAUCCCCUCAUUCUCACCUACUUUCAUCCGGACACAUCCAUAGACAUCACAACAGAGUACAAAAAUCGGGCGUCUGUGGAUGCAAAUAUAAACGGUGCUUCUGGAAAAGUUGACCUUAAGCUUUCCUCCGUCACAACUGAAGACAACAAAAAGUUUGAGUGUCGUGUCAAGAUCCCCAACGAUAAUACGGGCAAACAGGCUGACACGGCACGUUUGACUGUUCUAGUGGCUCCGUCAACACCCAUCUGUGAGAUUCAAGGUACGGCAGAGUACGGCCAAAACAUCAACAUCACCUGUUAUUCUAAGGAAGGGUCUCCUACUCCCACUUACAAGUGGGACAGUCGUGAUGUGACCAACAUGCCUCGUGUUGCAGACCCAAGAACCACUGACAAGGGAGGCAUCCUGUCCCUAUAUAAUAUCUCCAAAGACACCUCUGGAUACUAUACCUGCACAUCAAGCAACAAAAUUCGCUCCGCUUCAUGCAACAUCACGCUAUCAGUCAUGCCACCGUCCCUGAAAAUCGGUUCAACUGCAAUUAUUGCAAUAGUCAUUGCCAUUGCCAUUUUGAUCCUAUUCAUCAUUAUCAUCUAUUGCUGUUGCUGCCGAAAGAAGAAGGAGGACAAGGAGGAAUAUGCCAUGGGAGUUCAUGAUGGAGAGCAUGAAAACAUAGAGCCUCUUCGAAAAGACGAGAGUGGCCCUACUGAUGUGGAGGGGAGCACACAGGGUCAUGAUGACUCCAGUGUCAGCAAACCGGCCAAUCAACGUGAUAACUACGAGGAGAGGAGUGAACGCAGCUACGACGGCCAAAGCGACUACGAUGACCGGCGCAGCAACUAUGUCGACCACCGCAAAGAUUACGACCGCCGCAAUGACCGUGAUGACCGUCGCAGUGACUAUGAUGACCGACGCAGUGACUAUGAUGACCGACGCAGUGACUAUGAUGACCGACGCAGUGACUAUGAUGACCGACGCAAUGACCGUGAUGACCGACGCAGCAAAAACAGUGACCGCCAUGAGCGUUAUGAUGACGAGCGACGCAACAACGAUCGCAGAGAUCCUCGCUAUGAUGACGACCGCUACAAUGACCGCAACAGACCAUAGGGGAACUGGACUACGAUGACCAGGACCAUCCAGCUGAUGCGCUUUAAAUCACCAUCAAAAGUUUAAUACAUUUUUGCAUUUGGGUUUAAAAUUAUUUCCGGUGGAACUUUUUCCUGAGAUUAAAAAUUUGACACAAACUGGUUUGAUGAUCAGCUAUCAGUAACAAUACAAGAAGAGCAUCUGGGAGGGAAAAGAGCAGAACAAAUAGUUGCAGGACACAGACAAGUGUUGUCCAAGCUGUAGUUUUAAAUUAUGCCAAAGCUAAGAAUUUUAUCUUCGUACUUAACUUGUAUAUUCUUUAAAGUGCCCUAUACUAGUUUUCUCAAGAUAUUCAAAUUUUAAGUGUACGUUGAAAAAUCCUUCUCCCCGGAAAUUUAAGUGUAAAUAUGCUUCAAUGCUUAUCGUGAUAAACAGAAUAUGUUUUCUUUUUUUUUUUUAUAAGGACUGUGUUUCUCUUUGAAUUAUAGGUCAAUUUAAUGUUACUUUGAUUGCUCACAUUCCAGUCUGAGAGGUUUUGUACAAAUAUGAAGCCUGUUACAAAAACGUUGCCAGAUGUGAGGUAGUGAUCUCUGUAAAUUAGUUGGUAUUUUAGUUUAAAACAUUUUUUAAUAACAUGUUUUUUUUCUUUUGUAUUGGCUCUUAACUUCUGCUGCUGCUGGGUAUAAAUAAUGGUAGUUUUAACGUUGUAAUUAUUUACCAGGCUACCCCCCCAGCAGACAGAAAGUCUUUAGCUUUGUGCCUUUAUUUGUUUACGUUGGACGAAGCCAAUACACACUGCAUCAUUGCAUGAAAAUGUCAUCUUUCAACUUUUAAUGUUCUUAGCAUUGUUUCCAGUUUCCUUUUUUAACCACAAGAUUAUAAAAAAAAGGGAACUAUAUCUUAUGCUUACUGUUGAGCUGAUGAUGCUAUUAAUUUUUUCAUGUUUUCUUUAUUUUACAGUAAACUUUGGUUUUGCAAAUAAAACUGCAAAAUUAA